CUGAAAAGCCAUCUUUGCAUUGUUCCCGUGUCUGGCUCCCCACUCGCCGCAACCACCUCCGCCGCGCGCCUCUUCCGCCGCCGCGGACUCCGGCAGCUUUUUCGCUAGAGUCUUCGAACUCUCGUUUUCUUUCUAAUCCGCUGCUUAGGAUCACCGGCGUGCCCCACCAUGUCAGACGCGGCCGUGGACACCAGCUCCGAGAUCACCACCAAGGACUUAAAGGAGAAGAAGGAAGUUGUGGAGGAGGCAGAAAAUGGAAGAGACGCACCUGCUAACGGGAACGCUAAUGAGGAAAAUGGGGAGCAGGAGGCUGACAAUGAGGUAGAUGAAGAAGAGGAAGAAGGAGGAGAGGAGGAGGAGGAGGAGGAGGAAGGUGAUGGUGAGGAAGAGGAUGAAGAUGAGGAGGCUGAGGCAACUACGGGCAAGCGGGCAGCUGAAGAUGAUGAGGAUGACGAUGUUGACACCAAGAAGCAGAAGACUGAUGAAGAUGACUAGACAGCAAAAAAGGAAAAGUUAAACUUAAAAAUAAAAAAAGGCCGCCGUGACCUAUUCACCUUCCACUUCCCGUCUCAGAAUCUAAACGUGGUCACCUUCGAGUAGAGAGUCCCGCCCACCUGCCCGCCCACCACGGGCAGUGCCACCCGCAGAUAACGACACGCUCUCCACCACCCAACCAAAACCACAACGUGAAUUUGCAACAGGGGAGGAAAAAAGAACCAAAACUUCCAAGGCCCUGCUUUUUUUCUUAAAAGUACUUUAAAAAGGAAAAUUUGUUUGUAUUUUUUAUUUACAUUUUAUAUUUUUGUACAUAUUGUUAGGGGUCAGCCAUUUUUAAUGAUCUCGUGAUGACCAAACCAGCCUUUGGAGCGUUCUCUGUCCUACUUCUGACUUUACUUGUGGUGUGACCAUGUUCAUUAUAAUCUCAAAGGAGAAAAAAAACCUUGUAAAAAAA